CGGAGUUGCUUGGUGAUUCGCUUGGUAACCCUGUCAAUUAAUGCAGCUUGGACGGGUCACUGGCAAGCGACUACAGCGCUACAUGCAGAAUGUCGAUGUUGGGGCGAGACUAGAAAGCUUGCAAAUGCGAGACCGCUUUCGUCUUGUAAUUCACUCUCUCAAUAGAGGCAGUUUGCGAUAGGAUUGCUAGUCGGACGCAGAAUGUUUUGAGUGCUGUUAAUGCUGGAUGGUUUUGAUAUGCCGGCGGUGCCAACGCUGAGUCGCUCACAGUAAGCAUUCUUAAACAAAAAGAGAUUGGACAAAGAAAAGGGCUGGACGCGGCGAAGCGAGCAACGAACAUUGAACCUGACUGUGUGGGAUACAAACAGCAGAGUGCAAGCAGUGGAUUCCGGAUGCUGCAGCUGAGGAAAAUCUUUGCAAGCGAAGAUGAAUCCUGCCCCAAAAGAUGAGCUGCCUGAUCUGGAAACUGCCCACAGCAAAGGGGAAUUCGUCUAUCAAACCCCGUCCAGUGUCCUUAAAGAUGAGGAGACUGAACAGGGCUCUGAUUAUAAGGAUGCAGAUUCCAGCCCUGUGCGAGAGGCUGGGAAUGAAUCGGAGACUGGGAAAGAGGAAAUACCUGCAGGGGACUCGUCUAAAAUCAGUCGGUCUCCUGCUACGUCAUAUGAUGAAGAACGUGACCCCGGAUUUGUUGGCAGCUCCUGCCCUCACUGCGGAAGUCGUUUCAGUCGCCAGCGAGACCUCGCCAAGCACAUGAAGAAGACUCACCUGGAGGAGAUCGUGAAGAUACUCAAAACUCGUUCUGUUCACACCACGGGCCUCCCGUUACCAAACGGCAGAGGGAGUGAAAUUCCACCCGCCGACGUUCCUGCGACCUCUGAAUCCGCCGUCGAACCGGGAACUUGUCGUGUAGCAGAGACCAAGCACGGCGAGGGAAUGGGAGAGCGUUCUGAUGGGAAGGAAAAAAACAACACAGAGGAAACGGCGGCGACACCGUGUGACUACCCUGAAUCCAGACAAAGCCUAAACCUUAAAACCAAGGAGGUCACCCAUUCCGGGGAGACUCUGUAUGCCUUCGGUUGCGGAGGAGACGAUUCCGACCAGCUGGGUUCACUUAAAACCCCGGCCGGAUUUCUCCCGCCAUACAUCUGCACGGAAUGCGGGAAGCGUUUCAACGGCUCGGGAACGCUCAAGAGACACCGGAGGAUCCACACGGGAGAGUCUCCUUACCACUGCAGCGAAUGUGGGAAGAAUUUCAAAGACUCGGGCGCUCUUAAGAGACACCGGAGGAUUCACACGGGGGAGUCGCCUUACCACUGCACCGAAUGCGAAAAGAAAUUCCGCCAGCUGGGCCACUUGAAAGAGCACCAGCGAAUCCACACGGGGGAGACCCCCUACCACUGCGCCCAGUGCAGGAAAAGCUUCAGCCAGCUGGGGAACCUGAAGACCCACCAGCGGAUCCACACCGGAGAAACCCCUUACGCCUGCGCCGACUGCGGGAGGAGCUUCCGGCAAAUCCGGCAGCUCCGGACGCACCAGCAGGUCCACACGGGAGAGACUCCUUUCCACUGCUCGGAAUGCGGGAAGAGCUUCAAGUGGAUGUGUUCUCUGAAGGAGCACCAGAGGAUCCACACAGGAGAAGCUCCCUACGGCUGCCCGGACUGUGGGAAGAGCUUCAAGGGUGCGGGGACUUUGAAGAAGCACAGGCGGGUUCACACGGGAGAGACGCCCUACAGCUGCGGGGACUGUGGGAAGGCCUUCAAGGAGUCUGGGGCUUUAAGGCGGCACCAACGAAUCCACACCGGGGAGACUCCUUAUCACUGCUCCGUCUGCAGCAAGAAGUUCAGCCGGGUGGACCACCUUAAAGACCACCAACGGAUUCACAGUGGGGAGUGAGUUCAGUUUUUCGUUGCAGAAGCUGAUUUAACAGUACAGCAGCAGGAAAAAAAUAAACUGGGUAUAUUUAAAAUAAAAUACAAAAUUUCGAAAAGGUAGCGUUCUAGUGAUUUCCAAGAGGGAGGAUGCAUUUCUUGUGACAUGUUCAUUCAUUUGAAGAGCAGCUUGGCAGUAAGAGAUGUCAAGUGCCAGGGCAGCUGGGCUGGGCUGUUUUUGAGGAGCUUGGUUGAGGACUCUAAUGCAGGGCUGCCUGAAGCUGGCCCUCUUCCACACCCUGUUCUAAAUCGUUUAACUGAACCGAUUAAAUAAGCCUCCAUCUAUCCAGACCCUGAGGUAGAUCACGAUGUCGUUUUACCUGUUAAACAAACCUGGAGUAGAAUUGAGUGGCCUUCCAGGACUGUGAUUGGUUGGCCAGCCCUGCUGUAGAUCGAUGGAUUGGUUGAUUGAUUCAUUCAUUCGAGAUGCUUUGUGUUGAAACAUGUUGAUAUUGUUGUAUUUGGCUUCUAGUAAGCACUAAAGGUUGCGAACCCAUUAAAAACCAUAACUAGGAUACUUCACCUGUAAGUCAAUCCUGUGGGCACCCCGGUGUAAGCUAUUCUAGUUUGAGAAGCACUUUGCUCCCCUUAAUUAGUUUCAGGAUCCUUUUGAAACCCCCCCUUAUUGUGUGCUGUACUCUAUCAGUGUUGCAUUGUCAUUUGCUAUGCUGGUUUAUUAUUAUUAUUAUUAUUAUUUAUUUCUUAGCAGACACCCUUAUCCAGGGCGACUUACAAUUGUUACAAGAUAUCACAUUAUUUUUACAUACAAUUACCCAUUUAUCCAGUUGGGUUUUUACUGGAGCAAUCUAGGUAAAGUACCUUGCUCAAGGGUACAGCAGCAGUGUCCCCAACUGGGAUUGAACCCACGACCCUCCGGUCAAGAGUCCAGAGCCCUGACCGCUACUCCACACUGCUGCUGUUUUAUUUUAAAACAAAUAAAUAAAACGUGAAUCAAAUGAUACCAAAGUAGUGUCAUAGCUCUUCUGCUUUUAAGUUUCGAGUCUUGCUUCCCAGUGUUUUCGUUCGCUUGGUCAAAUCAAGACACCGAGGCAAACGAACCGGGAAAGACGUGCUUCAGAUACUGAAGAUGGGAGACCGGACCUCGCGUCUGGCAAUGCAUCUUGGGAAGGAGUCAUGGAAAUAUUUCCGAUUUGAUAUCGAGUGAUGCCGAUGUUUAUUUGUAAUACACUGUAUGUGAAUUUGCGAGAUUGUAACCGAGAUGAGAAAACUCUGUGGCAAGGUGACGUCGCUGCUGACUGUAAGACACUGGGUAGAGGGGGAGUAUAUUUGUGUGUGUGUGUGUGUGUGUGUAUAUAUCUAUAUAUAUAUAUAUAAUUAGGUUCUUGUAAUAAAUAUGCCAUAUAAAUGUGUCUAGAAAUGGCAGCUGCGGUAGGUUGUAUAAUACCUAACUUGAUUAAACUUGGUUCUAGUUCUCAUACGUUGUGUGGAUCGCGUCUUUAUUCUCUAUGAACCCUGUGAAAGAUGCAUAAAAACAUGGGACCUAAAGAAGUCCUCAUCAUUAUGACGUAAAGGUCAUUAGCUGAAAUGUGUCUGGAUUUUGACUGAUAGUAGUUUUACUUCUGAAUUGAGGAAUUGAGGGUUGGGUCUUUGGAAAUAUAUCUGAUACCAAAUCUUUGAUAUUUGAAUUCAAAGUAUAUUGAAAACUGAUGUCGUAUUCAAUUAAUCAAUGUGUCUGUCUGUCUGUCUGUCUAUUGAGGAUGUGUGUUCCAGUGGUUAAAGAAAAGGUCUUGUAACCAGGAGGUCCCCAGUUCAAAUCCCGGCUCACUCACUGUGUGUGACCCUAAGCAAGUCACUUUUAAUAUUAUUAUUAUUAUUAUUAGUGAGCAAGUCACUAAUAAUAAUAAUAAUAAUAAUAAUAAUAAUAAUAAUAAUAAUGAGGCUGUGUGGUCCAGUGGUUAAAGAAAAGGGCUUGUGACCAGGGGGUCCCCGGUUCAAAUCAAACCUCAGGCAGUGACUCAUUGUGUGACCCUGAGCAAGUCACUUAACCUCCUUGUGCUCCGUCUUUCGGGUGAGACGUAGUUGUAAGUGACUCUGCAGCUGAUGCAUAGUUCACACACCCUAGUCUCUGUAAGUCGCCUUGGAUAAAGGCGUCUGCUAAAUAAACAACAACAACUAUAUAUAUAUAUAUAUAUAUAUAUAUAGAUAGAUAAAAUGGCUUACCAAAAACAAUGAAAAUAUGGUCCCUAAAUAAGCAAAAAAACUGAAUGAAAAAGACAAUGACGCUGUAAAAAUGAGUCCAGAAAGUAAGAAAAUACAAACAAAGCACAACCAUGUGGGGGUUCGAUGUCUUUCUCUUUUUCCAACAAAAGAUCUUGGAAGCACACUUUUAUUUAAUUAUUUUUUUUCUUCAUAUUUAGCUGUCAGAUUUAAGACUUUACAGUAAGAUCACUUUAUCUUUUAAAAAAAAAAAAAAAUCAAUAAAAUAAAUGUGUUUUUACCAGUAGAAAACAUUUCAUUGUA